GUUUCUAAACUCCGAGUGCUCGAAGUCCGUCCUGCAUAUUUUGCUGAGAGAGAGAGAGAGAGAGACAGGGAGGGAUGGGACUGAGAGACUCAUCAGCCUCGGGAAAUGCCGGGAAUAGUACCACUAGCGCUGACGAGGUGGGACCCAGCGGCAGUGGCACCGCCGAGCAAACGGGUGUUGUACGGCGUUUCCCGCUGGCUGCUCAGCCGGAAAUAAUGAGAGCAGCAGAAAAGGACGACCAGUACGCCUCCUAUGUAUAUGAAGCAUGUCGGGACGCCUUUCGCCAUCUCUUCGGUACGAGGGUUGCUGUAGGUUAUCAGAACGAGAUGAAACUCUUAGGGCAGAUGCUUUAUUAUGUUCUAACAACAGGUGCAGGGCAGCAAACACUGGGAGAAGAAUAUUGUGACAUUACUCAGGUUGCAGGACCCUAUGGACUGCCUCCAACACCUGCCAGGCGUGCUCUUUUUAUUGUUUAUCAGACUGCAGUUCCUUACAUAGCAGAAAGAGUCAGCUCUAGAAUUGCUUCUCGUGGCAUCACCCUUGAUGAUUCACUAUCUGAUGACCUGUAUGGAGACAAUGCUACAGUAAGCAGCCAAGUUCAACCAUCCGCAGUCACAGAGAUUCCAUCUUCCUCUGGAUCAGUUUCAUCUAUUUCACCCAUAUCAAGAUUGAAAGCAAAAUUUAGUGGAUUAUGGAUGUGUGCAGUACGGAGGUGGCCCUUAGUGCUCCCAGUAGCCCGUGAGGUUUUUCAGUUGGUUCUCCGCAGUAACCUCAUGUUCUUCUAUUUUGAAGGCUUAUAUUAUCAUAUAUCAAAACGUGCUGCAGGCAUUCGUUAUGUGUUCAUUGGAAAACCAUCAAACCAACGACCUAGAUAUCAGAUAUUGGGGGUGUUCCUUCUAAUUCAGCUUUGUAUCCUUGCUGCUGAAGGAUUGAGGCGCAGUAAUUUAUCUUCCAUUGCAAGUUCCAUUCAGCAAACGUCCCUAGGGACCCACCAAACUUCAGCAGAGCGAGGUUUUCCUGUGCUGAAUGAAGAAGGCAAUUUGAUAACUGGUGAAUCUGAAAGGGGUAGUUGGGUCUCUGAUUCUACAUCAACUUCAGAGUUUCAAGCAAGUGGGGUGACCAAAUGCACGCUUUGCCUUGGUGAUCGCAAACACCCAACGGCGACACCUUGUGGUCACGUGUUCUGCUGGAACUGCAUUAUGGAGUGGUGUAAUGAAAAGCCUGAAUGUCCUCUCUGCCGUUCUCCUAUGACUCAUUCCAGCUUAGUUUGUUUGUAUCAUUCAGAUUUCUAGUUCUUCUUUCUGACGAUAGUCUAGAUUAUGCAGAAAAGGAAGAUAACUAAAUUAAAGGAAAUGAGUCCCUUUUAUACUGCUAACCCACCAGGAAUAUUGAAGCAAUUGGCUUUUCAUUUAAACUUACAGUGAGAGGCAUAAUCUUAUAUGUGGUUCUUCACGUCACAAGAAGAGGGGAAGUUCGUUGUUUUUCUUGCUCGUUUUAUCUAUUCCCUUUAAACUAGUUGAGAAUAGGGAGUUUUGACUUUUGUUGAGGGUUAUUCGACAAAUGUCGGGUUACAAUUCAUUGUUGUGUUAAUGUAGAGUGUAGUCCACAUAUAAAAAUUGAUUCUAUUCAUAAAUAGUUUCUCAAGUUCUUCAUUUGGUUGUCUUGUGUCGUGAC